AUGUGUACGACAACGCACCGGUCAUGGACCAAGCCAGAGAAGAUGAUCGACAAGCGAGGAGUGCCGAGGAACAGGAAGACUCCUUCGAAUUCUACAACGACGUGGAUGCCACGUUUCAGCACGUACGCAAAGGGAGCAGCUCCUCUUCUAGCUCCUUCGCACGACAAGAUACGGUCUCUUACCCCGCCAGCCAGUUUCUCGGGCGGAACAAGACGCAGUUUCACCCGGGACCCGACGCCCCGGUGUACGACCAACCCCACAUGUAUCAAAUGUAAAAAUGUCUGGGUCUGGACGAAUGCAACUUGUCAUGAUAAAUCUGAAGCAUGAAAAAAUCUGUGUUGCAUGAUUACCAAAAGUCGUCCAGUUUUGACCAAGUCGGGAGGGAUUUUCUCAUGCAGGAUAGGCUGGCAUGAGAGAGAUCGCACAGAAUCUGUCAUGCUGUGUCCUGCAUUCCAGACCUCAUGGGUCAUGGAAAAUCUGCAUGACAAGUUUACAAUUUUCCAGACCAAGACACUUUUGCAGUGCAUAGGUUGGGUUGUGGCACCACGCGGAGAUGGAGUUGAAGCCGGGGCAGGAGUCUAG